CUCUCCCUCCUCUAUCUUCACUCUUUCUUCACAAGACACAAUGAGAUUAACAGCGUUCUGUGUGUGUGGGACCCUGCUGGCCUUUUCAAGCCUCUCUCGGAUCAGAGCAGAGGAAGGAGUCCUCCUUGGGGAUUGGGGAUUUGGACCCUGCACUGUAACUCUGAGACCGGCAGGAGCAUGCAGACCAGGGGAGCAGGACAGUACGUGCCCUUACCACAUCAGUCUGCCUCCUCUGGUUGUUCAUUUGCCACAACAUUUCAUGGAUCUGGAGAACAUUAUGCAGGACCUGCAAAAACUGAAAGACACUGUCGAUGAGCUAAGGGAGAUGUGUGCUGAUUGUACAGGGGGUCAAGCUGGGAGAAAGUGUGGGAGGCAAAGCGAACCAGAUCUUAAAGGAGGUAAGAGCAUGCGUGAGGAUGAGGGGGACUGGAUGAAUGAGAGACUUGAAGAGAAUGACAGGGAUUUCAGACAGGAGUGUGGAAAAGAGGGUGUUAUGGUGGAAACAAAGGAUGGAGAUAACAUGGAAAAAAAGUUGAAUGACAGGAACAAAUGGGAAACAGGAGGAGAUGUAAAAGAAAACAACAGAGAAGAACCUGUAACGGAGGGUGCAAGAGGAGAGGACACAUUAGAAGAGUUAAAGAUGCCAACUUCUGGUGGAAACAUGCAAACUGUUAAUGUGACAAGAGAACAGAUUGCUGAAACAAAUCCCAAAGGGAGUGCAAGGAAAUAUCAAGAUGACAUAUUGGAGAAAAACAAGGAAGAGACAAAAGAAGAACAUGACCAACCUAUGUGGAGAGAUAAGACAAAGAAGCUGGAUAAAAAUACCAAAGCCGAAGCCUUUGAUAGAGUAAAGAUGUCUAAGAACCACACAGUGAAUAUAAGUAAGGAACAGGAGCAGAUGGAAAUGGAAAAGGGAAUAAAAGUGGACCCAAAUAAAAAGAAACCAAAGCAGAUGGAAAGGUUUGGGUUCACAGAAAAAGGCAGGGUGAUUAAAACAGAGAGUGUGCAGAAAGACGGCGAUGGGGAAACAUCAUAUAGCAAGACAACUGAAAAGACAGACUUUUUAUCAAUCAACCUGACUACUAUUACGACAGGAUUAACUUUAAGGUCGGACUCGAGCGACACUAUAAGCUUUACAUCAUCUCUUCCAUCACCUUCUCUGCUCAGCUCCACUUUAAGCUCCAUCACAGAUGUCAUUCCUGACCCAAAAGCUGGUUAUGGACUAACAAGAAGCACAGACCCCGGAGCAGGUGUUGUUACUGAGCCCCACAGCCAAGAUAAGGCAACGUUACCCACAACAACAGCAACAAUAUCCACAGUGGGUGGCCUAAGAGAGCAGAUAACCAAUGCUAAGGCAGGUUUAACCACCACAACUCCUCAUCAGAGCUCAUUCAUAACAUCAUCACCCAGAGUUAUAGAUGGCAGUCGCGUGGCGCCAAAGAACGUCAGCUCUAAAAACAAGAUCGCUCUGAAGCCUCCACCAUUCCGAGCACCACAGCACGGUGAAAAGCUAAAAUCUGGAAUUAAGCCUGAAGCAGAGAACAGACUAAAGAAUGCCAAGAAUGACCAUAAACGAAACCAAGGUCCUUCGAUACAGGGAAAAACUAAACUCAACCAAAAGCAGAAGCCUCACAAACCCACAGUGGUAAGAUCCAAACCUGACUCAAAAAAAAUCCAAAAUAAAAAACCUGGACAAAGAAUCACACCUGAUAUUUCAACAACGAAGGAAAAUCUGAAAAACAAUUUGAUGCAUAAACAGGAAGUAGCAGUUAAUGAUCCGAAAUCAAAGCAAAAUUCUUCAACCUCUGUCCAGACACCUGCGCCUCAAGCUGUAAAUGUGACACAUUCAGGUAAAUAUACAUUAAUUAACAGAGAGUCUGAUGAAGUUUCAAAUACUGACCAAAAUUUUAAGCUGGAAAAAAAAUCUAUUCAACUUGUUAUUGUUGACAAGUCUGAUCAAAAGUCAGUUAAAAGACUGGACGGUGAAGAAAAAUUAAAUGAAACUUUUGUAUUGAGCCAAAAUCUUAAUUAUACACCCAAACCAACUGUUGCAACCAAUCAUCCAAUGAACAAAUCCAUCCAGAAAAUCCCAACAUUUAAUCCCGAUCCAGAAGAUAUCCUAGAGUUUGAAUCAACAACAAAACAAAACCAAAAACCUUUAAAUGAGUCUGUGGGGAGCUUUGAAGACAAUAUCACACAAGAGAUGAAAAACAGUCCAGAUUUAACAUCUGGAGAAAACAUAAAUGCCCCUCGACCUCACACAGCUCCUGAUAACAUCAAUGAUUCCAGCCAGGAACAACUUAAUCCUUCCCAAGAGUUUGAAACAGGAACAGCAACAACAUUAACUGAGUCAGUGGACAGGUCUGGAAUAAAUUCCUUGCAGGAACCCAAAUCUAAUCCAGAUUUAACACCUGCACAGGCAUCUGCAUCGGAUAAAGCUUCUGUAACCCAUGAUCAGAAGAAAAAUUCCAGCCAGCAUUACCUUGAAACCAAACAUAAACCAGAAACUACUCAGGAACCUUCAUCUGAAUCUAACAAAAGAGAAACAUCUACAAAAAAAACAAACAAAAAACAGUAUUUAACCUAUUUUGGAGAUAAAUCUAAAGAAAAUCCUUCGAGGAAGUCUGAAAAUCAUCCAGAUUUAACACCUGAACAAAAAGCUAUAUCUGAUCCAGCUAACACAACACUUAAUUACAUGAAUAAAUCCAGCCAGGAGGACCACAAACCCAAGCACAGACCUGAAACUAACAAAGAGUAUAAAUAUGAGACAGCAGGCAUAUCUAAAGAAAAUUACCUGCAGGAGUUUAAAUUAAAUUCCCAUUUAACUCCUGAACAGACAUCUGUACUGGAUCAAGCUACAAAUAACCCUGAUCAGAAGAAUAAAUCCAGUGAGGAUCAUCUAAAAGAUAAACACAAAUCUGAAAAUAUCCAAGAGUUUAAGUCUAACAAAAGUGAAACAGCAACACCAAAACCUUCAACCGAGUCAGUGGGCAUGUCAGAAGAAAAAUCCUGUCAGAAGCCUACGUCUAAUGCAGGUUUAAGACCUCGACAUAGAUCUACACCAGAUCAAGCUGCUACAAGCCCCGAUCAGAUGAAAAAAUCCAGCGAGGAACAUCCUAAAGAUCAGAAAAAAACAGAAAAUAUCCAAGAGCUUAAGUCUAACCAAAGAGAAACACCCAAACCAAACCAGAAACAUUUGCCCGAGUCAGUGGACCUGUCUGAAGAUCUGCAGGAACCUACACCCUAUCCACCCUACACGUCUGGACAAACAUCAACAACAAAUCAAGCAACUACAACCACUGAUCAGAUGGAUAAAUCCAACAGAGAUCACCUUAAAACCCAAACUUCUCAAGAGUCUAAAUUCAACAAAAGUGAAACAGCAACACAAAAACCUUCAACUGAGUCAUGGGUAAAGUCUGACGAAGCAUCUUUGCAGGAACCCACAUCUAAUCCAGAUUUGCCACCUGGACAAACAUCUACAAUGGAUGUAGCUACUGUCACAACUUAUCAGGUGAUUCAAUCCAGCCAAGAUCACCUCAAAACUGAUCACAACUCAGACAAAAUUCACAGUUUUAUCUCUAACAAAAGUAAAGCAGCAACCCCAAAACCGGAUCAAAAACGUUUAACGGAGUCAGUGGACAAGUCUGAAGACAAUUCUUUGAAGCAAACCAAAUUGUACCUAGACUUAACACAUGAACAAACAUCUACACAGGAUCAGGCAAUGACAGCUCCUGAUAUAAUGAAUACAUUUAACAACAAAUACCUCAAAACUCAAACUUCCAACGAGUUUAAAUUCAACAAAAAUGAAACUGCAUCUCAAAAACCUUCAAAUGAGUCAUGGGACAAGUCUUUGCCAUGGCCUACGCCUAAUCCCGGUUUAACAUCUAGACAUAGAUCUACAUUGGAUUUAGCUACUGCAACCCCCAAUCAGAUGAAGAAAUCCACCAACAAUAACAUUCAAACUGAACCUUAUCAUGAAACCAAAAUUAACAAAAGUGAAACAUCAAGACAAAAACCUUCAACUGAGUCAUGGGAGAAGCCUGAAGAAGAAUCUUUGCAGGAACCAAGUUCUAAUUUAGGUUUAGGACCUAGAGAAACAUCUAUAUCAGAUCUAGAUACUGCAACAACUGAUCAGAUUAAUAAGUCAAUUAAUGACCACCCUGAAGCUAAACACAUCCCAGAAACCAUCAAAGGGUUUAGGUCUAACACAAGUGAAACAGCAACACCGAAACCCAAUCAAAAACAUUCACCUAAGUUAAAGAGCAAAGAACAGGAGCGUAAAAACAAUUCAGACUCAACAUCUUCUAAUCAAGUUAAAACACCACUAGACCAAAGGUCUAAACCCAGCCACAAUGUUCCUAAAUUUAACAAAACACCUAAACCUGGUCAAGAGCCAAAACAAAAACAGAAAAAUCCAAAGGUUGCUCCAAGCUUAAAGACUAGACCAAAUGCAAACAUUAAAAGCAACCAAACACAACAAACAAAUCCGAGGUGGAACACUCCCAGACCUGGCCUUAGGCCAUAUCUAAAACCAAUAUUGGUGCCUGAGAAAAUCCUAAAAUCAGCGUAUAACAAAACAUCUAAACUGAGGCCUCCCUUUCGACACAGACCAUCAGCAAGACCUACAGUCAAACCAGGAGUUAAAUUCAUCCAGAGGUUAAAAGAAGCAGUGGAACCAGAGCCAAGUCCACAAACCAAAACAGGUCCAUCUCAUAUCAGCUGGGGUCCUUCAGGCAACAUCCAAACCUCUCGUACUGACAUGCCACCUACAUCUAGCCUCGUAAAACAGAUUGCUAUUGUGAGUCAUACCCCAAGGGAAACAGAGUUCAGCACCAGUGUGAGGAAAACCAUAACUCUGAGUCCAAAGACCUCUAACAGCUUGGAAACUGGAUAUUUCCCUGCCCUUCAGGCACACCCUGAAGACAUCACAUCGAGCCCAAAUACCAGGAUUACAUCUGAUCUGAGGCCACAAACAGCUGGCCCACUGUCAUCUGUCCCAAGGACAACAAGACCAAACAAAAUCAACAAUGGGAUCCUCCAAAAUGUUUUCACUAGCACCGGUCCAGGAUCUACACAGCCAAGCGUAGCUCCCAAACCUAAGGCUAAGACACUUUAUGUAGAGAAAAGUCCCUCUGCAAGCCCAGUUUCUUCCCCCAGUUUGAAAACUACCUCCACACUCAGCACCAACUUACGGCCAAAGACCUCUUCCACUUCUGGUCCCGAGCUCCCACCUGCAGAGCUCUCCACUCCCAGCCCACGAGAGCUGCGUGUGAAAAUCAACCAGGUGACUGCAUUUGUCAACAACAGCCCGAUUCCUAAUAGAAGAUCUGGAGAGCUUCCCAAGGAGCAGCCAGACAGGUCCCAGAGAGGCAGAGAGCAUAAGAGGACAGACGGUAAAAUGCCAACAUCUGCAGCAUCUACAGCAAUAAGAGACUGCUCAGAUCACAGCUUCAGAGGAAGGACCAGAAGCGGGGUUUACCUGGUGACCCCCGACCUCCGCGGAAGCAGCUUUCCGGUGUUCUGUGACAUGGAGCUUGAUGGUGGCGGAUGGACCCUCCUGCAGCGCCGCCAGGACGGCAGCGUGAGCUUCAACCGCACUUGGGUGGAGUACCAGGCCGGCUUCGGAGCGCUGGACGGUGGAGAGUUCUGGCUGGGCAACAACAAGAUGCACCUGCUGACCCGAGACAGGGACAUGGUGCUGCGGGUAGAGCUGGAGGACUUUGAUGGACUAACUGAGCAUGCGCAGUACGAACACUUCAGGGUUGCCAGUGAGCGGCUGCGCUACAGGCUGACGGUGGGAGGGUACUCCGGCACCGCAGGUGAUGCUCUGCGCUUCAGCAGAACCUACGACCACAACAACAGGAUGUUCACCACCCCUGAUAGGGACCACGACCGGUACCCCUCCGGAAACUGCGGAGCCUACUACAGCUCCGGCUGGUGGUUUGAUGCCUGCAUGGCUGCAAACCUCAAUGGUAGAUAUUAUGUUGGGAAAUAUAAAGGAGUUCGGGAUGGGAUUUACUGGGGAACAUGGCACAACAUAUCUACAGAGUACUACCCCACCAAUGAGAGACUGUCGUUUAAAUCAGUCCGGAUGAUGAUCCGACCAAAGAGCUUUGGGCCACGUUAAUAGAGCAAACAAAAUGUUCCUGUCAAGUUUUACUACGAACUUUCUGUACUUUCCACUAAUUUUAAUGUCAGCUCAGUGCUGCCACCUUGUGGCCAUUAAUGCAUCAAUAUUGUUGAAUUUACUAGAUAACAGAAAUUGAGGAUGUGCAUACGCUAUUUUGCCAAAAGUAUUGAGAGACCCAUCUAAAUAAUUGGAUUCAGGAGUUCAAGCCAUUGCCAUGGCCACAGAUUGGCCAGUGUAGAACAGAAUAGAAGUUUAAUUUGUCUGACACCAAGGGUAACAGAAGUUUGUCUUCAAUAGGGCUAUAUAUCACCUUAUACACACAUAUACAAAACAUUCAAAAGAGAUAGAAACUCUACAAACAUACACCAAAAUUAACCUAAAUUUCACACUAUAAAAAAUAAAAAUUAUUGAUAAACUCAAUAUUUUAUGGUACAUCAGUGUUUUACAAAAUGAGGGUUAUAAUAAAAUCUAUGACAUGAUCUACAUUUAUACAAAACAUAAAAGCAGCGAUCCUUCCAACUACUGCCAAAAACUGAACAUAUUGAUUACAGUUUUUAUAAUCCAAUUAAAAAUAUAAAAUAUAGCUUAUAUCUGCUUAAUUUGGAAGUGGGUUUUGAGUAAACUGUGGUGAAUAUAAAAACGUAUUAGAGUAAGGCAUUGCUCUCCUUCAAUGUCCAUGCCAAGAUGAUGUGUUUUUCGCAAAGUGAACCUAAGCAACUGAAUUUGUCAUUCUUGUAAGUGAGGGAAAACUCUCGGAACCCUCUUUCCGCCAGCGCACCAGCAGUGCACAACAAGUAUACUUUCAUAUCAGCAACAAUCCAUUGGCUGGCCACAGGUAUGUAAAAUCCAGCACCUAGCCAUGCAGACUGCUCCAAACAAACACCUUUGAAAGAAUGGGUCGGUCUCUGAAGUUUGGCAAAUUUAACUGGGGUACUGUGAAAAAGAUGCCACAUGUGUAAUAAGUUCAUUCGUAAAAUUGUUCUGUUACUAAAAAUUCCAAGGAUAAUUGUUGUUGGUGUUAAAACAGAGAGAAAGCAACUGGGAACAACAGCAACUCUGUCUUGGAAUGGUUAGCCAUGUGAAAUCACAGAGCGAAGACAACACAGCCUGAAAUCUCCAACUGUCUGCAGAGUGCAUAGCUCCUGACCUCUAAAUUUCAUGUAGGCUUUAUUUUAGCUAUUUAGAGCAGUGCACAUCCAAACCUUACAUCACCAAGUGCAAUGCAAAGUGUUGGGAUCAGAGAUGUGAAGCACAAUGCAACUGGACGUAUUCUCUGGAGUGACAAAUCACGCUUUUCUGUCUGCCAAACAAGUGGACAAGUCUGUGAUUGGUGGUUGCCAGGGGAACAGUUCUUGCCUGACUUCAGUGCACCAAAUGUAAAUUUUGUUAUAGGGAUGAUUAUGGUAUGGAGUCCUUUUUCAGGAGCUGGGUUUAGAGCUGCAUACAAAGACAUUCUUCAUUAUGAGGGAACUGCUUGGGGACAGCUCCUCCCUGUUACCACAUGACUCCACAUCAGUGCAUUAGGCAAGGUCCAUAAAUACAUGGAUGAGUGAGUUAGUUGUGGAGAGCCCUGAACUCAAUUUGAAAGAGCACUGUUGGGAUGAAUGAUUACAAAUGCUGCGAAGCAGGCUAUUUUGUCCAACAUCAGGGCCUGACCUCCUAAAUGGUCUACUGGAAAACUGGUCAAAUAUUCCCAUACAUUUCUAAACCUUCCCAGCGGAGUUGUAGUUGUUACAGAUGAGUAGGACCAGAUGACAUGAAUGAGAUGUCAUUAAAGUUCAUGUCUGUAAAAGCACGCAUUUGAAUACUUUUGGCAAUAUAUUACAUUACAAACAUCACAGGCUAUUGAUUGUCUUGUAUCAUUCACGAUUCCUUUAGAAAUAUAUUUUGUUGAUUGAAUUUUAUGACAAGCUACUUUUCUAGCUAUCUGAACCGUGAAUCUGACGGAUAUGACGUUUUUUUGUUGUCUGGGACGUUUUGUAAUAAGAUUGUUUAUUAAAAUUAAAAUAAUAUGUUUCUGUCAAA